GCAGAGUGUGUUUCUUACGGAAUUUCUAUACAGACGGGCAAGAAUAGGGCAGUUUGACAGCAAUGUCACAUGAUGGAGUAAUAUCUGCUUUAAAGAGAAAAAAAAAUUAUAGCAAGGAAUAAAAACGUUAAUAUGGCGGCAGCAUAGUGGAGUCGUUUGGGUUACAAUCAUAUUACUGAAUUACUUCAGCUGCUGAAAAACUUUCUGCUCGCUGCCCGUUUGGCAAGCUAAACAAUAAGAAAAUCAAAAUAGUCAUACAGGAAUUUAGAGCCGUAGUAUUGCCUAUUACUUUAUAACAGUUUGGAAUUAAUAUGAAUAACACAUACUGUGUAAGACCUUUAAUGUGCGUACUACAGCAGUGUAUUGCCCGCGGAUUGCCCGCAAAGCGAUGGUAUUGCUGCUCGUCAAUAAAAGAAAUGACAACAAAAAAUACCAAUAAUUUACAGACUAAGCUAGCAACCGGCCCAAAAUUCCAGGAUUUUAUAAGAAAUGCUUCGCUAAAAGAAAACUCGUCUAAAAAUCAACAGCAGCUAGAGGACAUGCCUCUCUAUCUUUCAGAGGACCCGCACAUGGGGAAUUCACGGAAAGAACCGAACGACUCGUUUCAGUGUACUUCGAAACCUACGGCUGUCAGAUGAAUGUGAACGAUACAGAGAUUGCGUGGUCCUUUCUGCAGAGGACGGGGUAUCACCGCACAAGCGAGAUUUCACAGGCAGACGUGGUCCUUCUGGUAACUUGCUCUGUAAGAGAGAAGGCAGAGCAGGCCAUUUGGAACAGACUGCAACAGCUUGCAGCCCAGAAAAAGAGACGGCCAAAAGCCCAAACUCCAAUGAAAAUAGGGAUUCUAGGCUGCAUGGCAGAGAGGCUGAAAACUGAGCUUCUAGAGCGGGAGAAGCUGGUGGACAUUGUGGUUGGCCCAGAUGCGUAUCGGGACCUGCCUCGCCUUCUCUCCCUGGCACAUGGCGGUCAGAGGGGCAGCAAUGUGCUUCUCUCCCUGGAGGAGACUUACGCAGAUGUCAUGCCCAUCCAUUAUGUUACUCAGGGUCACAGUGCCUUUGUCUCCAUCAUGCGUGGCUGUGACAACAUGUGCAGCUACUGCAUCGUGCCGUUCACACGCGGCCGGGAGAGGAGCAGACCCGCCCCCUCCAUCCUACAGGAAGUGCGCAUUCUCUCCGAGCAGGGGGUGAAGGAGGUGACACUGCUGGGUCAGAAUGUGAACAGCUACAGGGACACGUCAGAGCUGCGAUUCUGCGGGCCGGAAGCAGCCCCUCUCAGCCGUGGCUUUCGCACAGUCUACCAGCCUCGCCCGGGCGGCCUGCGCUUUGCAGACCUGCUGGACAAGGUGUCCCUCAUUGAUCCAGACAUGAGGAUCCGGUUCACUUCCCCACACCCCAAGGACUUCCCAGAUGAGGUUCUGCAGCUGAUCCAGGAGAGGGGGAACAUUUGCAGGCAGCUGCACUUACCGGCGCAAAGUGGCAGCAGUCAAGUGCUGCAGGCCAUGCGACGGGGCUACACAAGAGAAGCAUACCUGGAGCUUGUAGCAAACAUACGGAGAAUAAUCCCAGGAGUAAGCCUCAGCAGUGACUUCAUUGCUGGAUUCUGUGGGGAGACUGAGGAGGACCACCAGCAAACACUUUCCUUGCUGAGGGAGGUGUGCUACCAGACAGCUUUCUUGUUUGCCUACAGCAUGAGGAAGAAAACCCAUGCUUUCCACCGUCUCAAAGAUGACGUGCCUGUGGAGGUGAAACAGCACCGUCUAGAGGAGCUGAUAAGUGUUUUCAGAGAGGAGGCAGCACGGAUCAAUACCAGCCUGAUCGGAAGCACACAGCUUAUCCUAGUGGAGGGAGAGAGUAAAAGAUCCACACAGGACUUGUGUGGAAGAAACGAGGGGAAUAUAAAGGUGAUCUUUCCGCGGGACAAUGUUCCACUCCAUGGUGAUGACACCCACACUUCUCCCAUCAGUCCUGGUGGUUAUGUGCUCGUCAAGAUCACAUCUGCCAACUCUCAGAGCCUGAGAGGUUAUGCCAUGAGCCACUCAUCCCUGAGCUGUAUGGGGAGGUAAUCACCACAGGGCUGUCAGGAAAGGAAGAUCCCUACCUCCUGAUCGCCAUCCAGGCCUCUCCUGAUUGUCAUUUACAUUUACCAGUGACACAAAUAAAUAAAUGCUGUAUCACCA